AUUAAAAAAAAAAAGAAGAAAAAACCCUAAGCCAACAAAGAAGUGAAGAAGGACCCAGCCGGAGCAUCCAAAAACCGCUGGGGUAUCUUACGCGGCCGUCGACUUGCUCUAGUAAAAAAGAUAAAUAUAUAUAGAGAGAGAGAUUACAAAGUGUUUGCUGAAAUGGGAGAAAAGGGCAAAAAAUGUAAAGCAAUUUCAAAAUCUCAGAGUGCAGUUAAAGAACAUAAAGAGCAGCUGGAAAGGCUCCAGAAAAAGGAUCCAGAGUUCUACCAGUACCUACAAGAACAUGGCAAAGACCUUCUUACCUUUGAUGAUGAGGAUAUUGAUGAUGAUGUUGAUAUGGAAGAUGCGGAAACCCAGUUGGACCAUGAGAUUCAUCAGCAUGAUAUCUCCGAGGAGGAGGGGAAGCCAUCUAAAACUGUUUUACUUGCUGCAAUGGUUGAUUCUUGGUGUAAUUCAAUUCGACAGGAUGGAAGACUAAGUGCGGUUCGUUCUCUUAUGAAAGCUUUCAGAACUGCUUGUCACUACGGUGAUGAUACUGGAGAAGACUCAUCAGCAAAGUUUACUGUCAUGUCCAGUGGUGUAUUUAACAAAAUAAUGUUGUUUGCUCUAUCUGAAAUGGAUAGAAUUCUCCGCAAAUUGUUGAACCUUCCUGCUUCUGGUGGAAAGAAAGAGACUAUAAAUGAGCUAAUGAACACAAAACAAUGGAAGAGCUACAACCACUUAGUGAAGUCAUAUCUUGGAAAUGCCCUACACGUUUUGAACCAAAUGACUGACACGAAAAUGAUAUCAUUCACUUUAAGGCGUCUCCAAUAUUCAUCUGUCUUUUUGGCUGCUUUUCCAAACCUUUUGAGGAAAUACAUCAAGGUAGCACUUCACUUUUGGGGUACAGGAGGCGGUACUCUCCCCGUUGUUUCCUUUCUAUUUCUUAGAGAUCUUUGCGUUCGGCUAGGAUCUGACUGUUUAGAUGAAUGUUUCAGAGGGGUCUACAAAGCCUAUGUUUUAAACUGCCAUUUUGUGAAUGCAGUAAAAUUACAGCAUAUUCAGUUUCUUGCCAAUUGUGUCAUAGAACUUAUUCGAGUGGACCUUCCAACUGCGUAUCAACAUGCAUUUGUUUUUAUCAGACAGUUAGCAAUGCUUCUGCGGGAUGCACUCAAUAUGAAAACUAAGGAAGCGUUCAGAAAGGUUUAUGAGUGGAAGUUCAUAAACUGUCUUGAACUUUGGACCGGAGCUAUCUGUUCCUAUAGCUCAGAAGCUGAUUUUAAGCCUCUUGCUUAUCCAUUGACCCAAAUUAUUUCUGGGGUUGCCCGUCUAGUUCCAACUGCUCGAUAUUUUGCACUCAGAUUGAGGUGUGUUAGAAUGCUCAACCGGAUUGCUGCUUCUACCGGUACCUUUAUUCCUGUUUCUAUGCUUCUUUUGGACAUGCUGGAGAUGAAAGAGUUAAAUAGACCUCCCACUGGUGGUGUUGGCAAAGCUGUUGAUUUGCGUACAACACUGAAGACAAGCAAGCCCAUUCUGAAGACACGAGCCUUUCAGGAGGCAUGUGUGAUUGCUGUGGUUGAAGAGCUUGCUGAACAUUUAGCUCAAUGGAGCUAUUCUGUUGCUUUCUUUGAAUUUUCUUUUAUUCCAGCUGUGAGGCUGCGCUCCUUCUGCAAAUCUAAUAAAGUUGAAAGAUUCCGAAAAGAAAUGAGGCAUCUUAUUCGUCAGAUUGAGGCUAAUAUUGAAUUUUCUAAUGAAAGGCGUGCGUCAGUUGCAUUUCUACCAAAUGAUCAUGCAGCAAGUUCUUUUCUUGAGGAUGAGAAAAAGAUGGGGACUAGUCCUCUCUCACAAUAUGUUGUAAUUCUGCGGCAAAGAGCACAACAAAGAAAUGAUUCAAUGAUGGAAUCCAGUGUUCUUGUGGGUGAAAAAUCUGCUGUCUUUGGGAGUAAGCUUGAUCAGGUACCUGGUAGUGACGAAGAAGAUGAUAUCAGGAAUGAGGAUGGUGCUUCUGUUUUUAGUUCUUCCUGGUUCCCAGGAGGUGAUUCCAGGGCCAAGCCUCCUAAGGAGGAGGAGGAGGAGAAGAACAAGAAGAACAAGAAGAACAAGAACAAGAAAAGGAUGGAACAAGAUGAAGGGGUUGGUGAGGAUGAAGAUAUUGUGGAAGACUUGGUACUGAGUUCAGAUGAAGAUGCGUCUUUGAGUAACUCCCCAUCUACUGGGGAUGAUGAAAAUGAAGAGCGGCUGGGUAUCAGACAGCAGAGCAAGAAGCAAAAACAUAAGAAUUUAUCAAAGAAAAGUUUAAGAUCUCAUGCAAAUAAAUCAAAGAAGAGAAAAAGAGCUCAUUGACAAAAUCUUUUAACUGACCAUACGCCGGUCUUGUAUGUGUUUAUUGAUUUUAUUUUUCAUUUUGCUAAUGGAUUAUUGAUUUUUCAGUAGUAAAAAGUUGGAGCUUCAACUUGACUAGUUACUCAAGUAAGUUGAGUUCAAGCUUGGUUUGAUGGUCAAGUUUGAGUGUACAUCAAAUUGAAUGACAUAUGAACUUUUGAUUCAUGGAUAAAUUGAAAAAA